AAUAGACGCCAGCCAAUCAGAUUGGACCAUCUGGAAACAUGGCGUUUGACUUUCGGUGGCAAUGUGUGGCGCUUCUCUUUUGUACUUUUUUGCUUCAUUCUUUGGCGACUGACAGUAAAGAUAAGCCCAAGAAAAAGAAGGACAUAAGAGACUACAAUGAUGCAGAUAUGGCUCGUCUUCUUGAGCAGUGGGAGAAAGAUGAUGACAUUGAGGAAGGGGAUCUUCCAGAGCACCGGAGAUCUCCUCCGCCCAUCGACUUAUCUAAGAUUGACCAGUCCAAACCUGAAGAACUGCUUAAGGUUUCCAAGAAGGGCCGCACCCUGAUGGUUUUUGCAACAGUGUCAGGGGAACCCAGUGAGAAGGAGACUGAGGAGAUCACAGGGCUGUGGCAGGGCAGUCUCUUCAAUGCAAACUAUGACAUUCAAAGAUUCGUUGUGGGUUCCAACAGGGUGAUCUUCAUGUUGCGCGAUGGCAGCUUAGCCUGGGAAGUCAAAGAUUUCUUGCUGACCCAGGAGCGCUGCUUGGACGUCACUGUUGAAGGACAAGUAUUCCCUGGGAAGGCUGCCAAGAAGGAUGACGGCAAGUACAAACAGAAUGAAGUCAAUUCUAAGAAGAAAAACAAAAAGAAGACUGAGAGCGAGAAGGCUGAUUUGGAAGGAAACAAAGCCAGCCCCAGAAAGCAAGAACUAUGAUGGAGUAACGCUCUUGAUUAAUAUGAGGGGCUUCAGCACCACAUAAGCUGGUCGCAAUUCAAGGUCAUUUAUCAACGAACUAAUAAAUCAUCACCUUGUUGAUUCCCAUUGACUUCUGACCACUCACGUUGGUGUCCUGUUGAUCAAUGAGCGCUGUUUUACAAAUCAUUGUGCGAUUAAAUCCCAGCAAAUCUCAUGAAAAACACUAUUGUGAGGUGACGACUGUAAUGAUAUGAGCAAAUCAUAUUUGCAUGUUCGAUUAGUAAUGUCUGCUCGUGACCACACACGGAAGCAAGCUGGGGACAGAUGAUGGAAAAGCCCGCGAGUGUGCAGUGAAUGUUGAUGCCUCUCUUCUGUUCUGUAACUGAAGAUCAUUUAGUAAAAAAACAUGAACUCUUUCAGUAAGUAGUCUUAUUUAAGAAACCCACAAUACAAAAAACACAUCGACUUAAUUAAAUUUUCCCUGACUCAUAUUCUAGUAUGUGAUAUUUAUCUGACCUUCAAUUACUUGUCUAGGACUCUGUUGUUGUUUAAUUGCAUUUCAAUCUGUGUUAAAUAAUAACUCACAUUUCUUCUGGCCUUUCACCUAAUAUUUUUGGAAUACAAAAUAUUUUUUGGGUGUGUGUAUGGGAUCUUAUUCUUAAAAUAAACUCACGUCUUGAAUUGAGUGCUAUGAUUUAGUGCGACAACGAUUAAUCGAUUGACUCGAGUAAUAUGAUUAGAAAAAAGCUUCGAAUCAAAUUUUGCUACUUUGAGUAUUCCCUUAAUUAGAAUGGCGUUUUAAUUGUUUGUUUUGAAAGUAUUUAGUUUUGAUUUCUGUGGCUACACUGCCCUCUGGUUGGCAACAGUGAAUAUGACAUAACUCAUUUAACAUGGCUGAAUCCAGCUGCUCCCUGUUGAGACCAACAUAGGUAAGUUUUUGUUUGAGCUAAUGUUUUUUAUAUGCAAUUUUUUUAGUUUAUAGGCAUUAUAUAGCAAAGUUUUUGGGAAUAGCAUUAAAAAAAAUAGCAUUUUAUAGCGUUUGCAAGUUAGUCAAUUGUUGUAGGUGAUCCUCAGUUAUUUUUUAAUACUAUUUGAGGCUAAGUUCAGGUAUGUAUUUUUUAAUGAAAGCAAUCAUGCAUAGAUUGAAGAAACACUGGGGAGUUUUAUUUUGCAAUCUUGCAGGCAUGAAAAUCUCUC